CGCCCCGCUCCGCCUCCUGCGAGCCGGGGCGGUGCCGCUGCAGAGGGCGAGCGGGAGCAGGAACAGCAGCGGGAGCAGCAGCCCGAGGAGGCGGCGGGACCUGCGCUGGCGGCGGGGCCGGUUUAUUCCAGAGUUGAAAAAGCUUAAACAAUAUAUUUUCUCCAUGUUUGGAAAAAGAUAGUUGCUACAGAAGAGGAGGAUAACCACUGGUAUUGCAAAAAGAUGAGUAUGUUAAAACCAAGUGGACUUAAGGCUCCUUCAAAGACCAUCAAGCACGGGGGUUCCUUGCUGAAAACACCUGCACCUGUUACUGCUGCCCCAGCAGAAAAAGCAGCUCCCAGUGAGAAGACCUCAAGCACAGCCCCUGCAGACGCACACGAGGAGUUUGUGGAUGAUUUCAGAGUCGGGGAGCGCGUUUGGGUGAAUGGAAACAAACCCGGCUUCAUCCAGUUCCUGGGGGAGACGCAGUUUGCCCCGGGGCAGUGGGCAGGGAUCGUCCUGGAUGAGCCCAUCGGGAAGAACGACGGCUCCGUGGCGGGAGUUCGCUACUUCCAGUGCGAGCCCCUGAGGGGAAUAUUCACAAGGCCGUCCAAACUGAGCAGGAAAGUGGUGACAGAGGACGAGGCCAAUGGAACCCAGACAGCUCACGCCUCCAGAGCCACCUCCCCGACAUCCACAUCUGCUGCCAGCGCCGUGUCCUCAUCCCCUGCUGCGCUCCCCCCUUCAGGAAUUCCACAGAAAACCCCCCUUGCUGCUAAGGAACACGCGACUCCUUCUCAGAUUAGCAAUCUCUCCAAAACUGCCAGUGAAUCUAUAUCGAAUCUCUCAGAAGCUGGAUCGCUAAAGAAGGGAGAAAGGGAGCUCAAAAUUGGAGAUCGAGUGCUGGUUGGAGGAACAAAAGCUGGAGUCGUGCGUUUUUUGGGAGAAACAGACUUUGCUAAAGGGGAGUGGUGUGGAGUAGAGCUGGAUGAACCCCUGGGCAAGAAUGAUGGAGCUGUCGCUGGCACGAGGUAUUUCCAGUGCCAGCCCAAGUACGGGCUGUUCGCCCCGGUGCACAAGGUGACCAAGAUCGGCUUCCCCUCCACCACGCCGGCCAAGGCCAAGCCCGCGGUGCGCAAGGCGCUGCCCACGCCGCUCAAGCGCAGCCCCAGCGCGUCCUCGCUCAGCUCGCUCAGCUCCGUGGCCUCCUCCGUAAGCAGCAAGCCCAGCCGCACAGGACUCUUGACAGAAACCUCUUCCCGGUAUGCAAGAAAAAUUUCGGGCACCACAGCCCUCCAGGAGGCCCUGAAGGAGAAGCAGCAGCACAUUGAGCAGCUGCUGGCAGAAAGGGACCUGGAGAGGGCAGAAGUUGCAAAAGCAACGAGUCACGUCGGGGAGAUCGAGCAGGAAUUGGCUCUGGUUCGCGAUGGGCACGACCGGCACGUGCUGGAGAUGGAGGCAAAAAUGGACCAGCUCCGAGCUAUGGUGGAGGCAGCUGACAGGGAGAAAGUGGAGCUCCUCAAUCAGCUUGAGGAAGAGAAAAGGAAAGUCGAAGACCUUCAGUUCCGUGUGGAAGAAGAAUCCAUUACCAAAGGAGAUCUAGAGCGAAAGAGGCAGAUUUCGGAAGACCCAGAAAAUACGCAGACCAAACUGGAGCAUGCCCGCAUUAAGGAGCUUGAACAGAGCCUGCUCUUUGAAAAGACCAAAGCUGACAAACUCCAGAGGGAGUUAGAAGACACUAGGGUGGCCACAGUGUCAGAAAAGUCCCGGAUCAUGGAGCUGGAGAGGGACCUGGCACUGAGGGUGAAGGAGGUGGCUGAGCUCCGAGGGAGGCUGGAUUCCAGCAAACACAUCGACGACGUGGACACCUCUCUCUCCUUGCUGCAAGAAAUCAGUUCUCUGCAAGAAAAAAUGGCAGCAGCUGGCAAAGAACAUCAGAACGAGAUGAACUCGCUGAAAGAGAAGUUUGGCCUUAGUGAGGAAGCCUUGCAGAAAGAGAUCAAGUCCCUUUCAGCUUCAAAUGAGAGAAUGGCAAAAGAAAAUGAAUCCUUGAAAACCAAGCUAGACCACGUCAACAAGGAGAAUUCUGACGUGAUAGAGCUGUGGAAGUCCAAGCUGGAAUCUGCCAUCGCCUCCCAUCAGCAAGCGAUGGAAGAGCUGAAAGUUUCUUUCAGCAAAGGAGUUGGGGCUCAGACAGCAGAGUUUGCAGAGUUAAGGACUCAGAUUGAGAAGAUGAAAGUAGAGUAUGAGAACGAAAUGGCAAAUCUAAAACUGAAGCAGGAAAACGAGAGAUCCCAUCACUUGAAAGAGAUCGAGUCGCUGAAAGCAAAACUGGUGGCAGUCACGGAGGAGAAAGAGCAAAACCUGGAAAGCCUGAAGACCAAACUGGAAAGUGUGGAAGAUCAGCAUCUAGUAGAAAUGGAAGACACUUUAAACAAAUUGCAGGAAGCUGAGAUAAAGGUAAAGGAGCUAGAGGUACUGCAAGCCAAGUACAAUGAACAAACCAAAGUUAUUGAUAGUCUUACACCACAGAUCAAAGCUGCUGAAGAAAAGCUUUUGGACCUUGCUGCACUUGAGAAAGCCAAUUCUGAAGGUAAAUUGGAAAUCGAGAAACUUAGCAAGCAGCUUGAGGCAGCUGAGAAACAAAUUCAGACUUUAGAGACUGAAAAGGGUGAUGGAAUUAGCCAGGCCAGUAAUCUGGCCAAAGAACUGCAGGGCAAAGAGCAAAAGCUUCUUGACCUUGAGAAAGACUUGAGUGCAGUAAAUCAAGUUAAAGAUUCUUUGGAAAAGGAACUUCAAGUUUUGAAAGAAAAGUUUACUAGUGCAGCUGAUGAAGCAGGGAAUGUUCAACAAGCUAUGCAAGAAACGGUGAAAAAGCUGAACCAAAAAGAAGAGCAGUUUGCACUCAUGUCUUCAGAACUGGAGCAGCUCAAGUCUAGCUUGACUGAGAUGGAGAGGAAGCUGAAGGAGCGAGAAGAGAGGGAGCAGCAGCUGAUGGAAGCAAAAGCCAAACUUGAAAAUGACAUUGCAGAGAUCAUGAAGUCGUCAGGAGACAGCUCUGCCCAGCUCACACGAAUGAACGAUGAGCUGAGGUUAAAAGAAAGGCAGUUGGAGCAAAUACAACUUGAGCUCACAAAAGCAAAUGAAAAGGCUGCUCAGCUGGAGAAAACCGUGGAGCAGACAACACAGAAAGCUGAGCAGAGUCAGCAGGAAACCCUCACGAUUCAUCAAGCAGAAGUGAAAACUCUGCAGGAUCAAUUAACAGACAUGAAAAAUGUGAUUGAGACCACCCAACGUAAUUUGAAAGAUAUUCAAGCCAAGUAUGAAAAAGAAACUUCUGAGCUGAUGGCUAAACACGAUGCAGAUAUCCAAGAGUUUAAGCAGAACCUCCUGGAUGCAGAGGAGGCACUGAAAUGUGCCAAGAGGAAAAACAGCGAGCUGGAGGCACAGGCUGAGGAGCUGCAGAAAGAAGCAGAACAGGCCCGAUCCUUAAGCUCUGUGUUAGCCUCAUCCAGAAAAGAAAUCGAACAAAUGUCAGACAAGAUGAGGGCUUUGAUAUCAGAAAAAGAGACUUUGGCACAGGAGGGGAAUACUUUAAAAUUAGAGAGAGGUCCCUUGUUAUCAAAACUUAAAGAAUUGGAAUCCAAGAUUUUGUUAAUGCAACAAGACCAAGAAGAACUGAAGGCAGAAAAUAAAAGAAUCCUAAAGCAGAAGGAAGAAGCUGAGGCCAAAAGCCAGCAGGAGAGCACAGAGAAGGGAGCACUGGUUUCUGAGAAAAGCAGAUUGCUCUCUGAACUGGAGGCAGUGCAGGCAGGGCUGCUGAAGGCAGCUCAGGAAAAGGAGGCUCUGCAGUCCUUGGAGUUAACCUUGUUCCAAAAGCUGGAGGAACUUCAGGCCAGCAGAGAUGCCAUGGAUGUGGCGUGUCAGAAACACGUCAGAGAAUGGGAAGAGCUGGACAAUUAUCAGAAGAGGCUUCUGGAAGAGAAAGAUGCAGUUCUAAAAGACAAAGAUGAUGUUAUCCAGAAGCUGGGAAGUUCCUGUGAGGCCCUGGCCAGAGACCAAAGGGAGCUCCAGCAAAAAGUGUCAGCUCUGGGUGCAGAGAGGGAUUCAGCCCUAGGGGAGCUCUUGGCUCUUCAAGAAAGACACGAAGCCCUGGAAAAGGAGCUGGGCAGGCUCUUGGUGGGCCUGCAAGAAGAGAAGGAGAUGCUCCUUGAAGGCACAGAGAAGCUGCAAGUGAGUUUAGACAAUGCAGUCAGUGAAAACCAAGUGUUAAAAGUGAGAGAAGAGGAGAUGAAAACACAGCUCACCAAAGUGAUGAGAGACAGCACAGAGCUGGAGAAUUCCCUUGCGAGUCUCACUCGUCUCCUUGAGGAAAUGAAAGCCUCAAGAGAGACACUCAGUUUGGAAUGUAAUCAGUUACAUCAAGAGAAUGAGGCUCUUUCCUCAUCAGAACAGAGGCUUCUGGCUGAAAGGGAGCAGCUUCUCAAUGAAAAUAAAGCAAUUGCUGAGAAGCUUGCAAAGGCCUCAGCAGAUGCUGAGCUUUGUGAGAGGAUCUGCACUGAGAAAAUGAACAAAGUGACCUUGGAAAAGGAGUCUGUCCUUCAGAAGUCGUUGCAGUUUGAAAAGCACAAUGAAGCUCUUCUCCAAGAGAAGAAGGAACUGGAGACAAAAUACUUGGAGCUUCUUGAUGAAAACAAGUCUUGUGCCAAGGCAGUUUCUGACCUGAAGAGAGAGCGUGAGCUGGACCUCUCGUCCAAGAAUGCUCUGGCCCAAGAGAAUGCCACACUCCAAGAUUCUGUUGAAGCCCUGAAGGAAGAACUCAGUAAGAAGACUGUAGAAAACCAAGAGUUAAUGGCCUGUAAAUGUGACCUCUCCAAUCUUCUGAAGGAGGCCCAGGAUGCCAAAAGAGCUUUGGAAGGUGAGCUGGCUGCUGCAUCACACACCAAGCAGGUCCUGUCAUCUUCCUUGGAGACCUGCUCCUUUGCCAGGGAGAUGCUGACCAGGGAGAGGGAUGAGCUGCAGGAGGAGUGUCAGAAAUUAAACAGAGAGGUUACUCUUACGAAGGAAGCCUUAAUCUUGGAAAAGGAAACUCGAAAACUGGACGAGAAAUCAUUUCUGUUGGGGCGUGGGGAACUUCAGAGGAACAUCUGCUGCUUGGAGAAGGAGAUAGAAGAGCUGAGAGAGAAAAAUAAAGAAGUUCUGGCUGAGAAAGAACUUUUAAUUCAAGAGAAAGAGAAUUCUGAAAGGAAACUGGUGGAAAUAAUGAAAGAGAAAGAAACCCUCUGUGCAGAGAAAGAGCAGCUCACUUCCAGCAUGGAGCAGCUGAAGGGUGACUUUUCUUCCCUGUCCAGCUCAGCAGCAGAAUUCCUGGGCCAGCACCACUCCAUCUGCCAGAAGAUGAAAGUUCUUGAACAUGAGAUGAAGCUGAUGGAACAGGAGGAAAAUGAGUUCCUUCAGGAACUGGAGAGCUUGAGGGAUGAGCAGAAAAGUCUGGUCAUCAGUAAGGAGGGAACAGUGAAUGAGAAGGGGAAAUUCUCCCAGUAUUUUUACAGACUGUGUGAGGAGGUUAAACUUUUAGAACAAACUAAUAGUGACCUCUCAGGCAAAUUGCUGGAGUCUCAGGGCCAAAAUCAGAUGCUGCAGGAGCAAAUGAACAAUCUGAUUUUGAAAGUAAAAGAAAUUGAGACUCUCCAGGCCCAAGCAGUAGUAGAGAAACCAGAGGCGGCCAAACUGGCAGAAGAUGUUUUCCAGGCAAUGGAGCAGGUGACCAAGGAGAAGGAUGCCAUUCACAAGGAAAAGAUCGAAACUUUGGCCUUGUUGGAGAACUCGAGACAGACAAACCAGAAGCUGCAGAAUGAAUUGGACAUGCUUAAACAAAACAACCUGAAAAACGAAGAGGAACUUAAUAAAUCAAAAGAGCUUCUAAAUCUGGAGAACAAGAAAGUGGAAGAACUUAAAAAAGAAUUCGAAGCGCUCAAGCUGGCAGCGGCUCACAAGUCCCAGCAGCUCGAGGCUCUGCAGGAGGAGAACGUGAAACUGGCCGAGGAGCUGGGCAGGAGCAGGGACCAGGUCUCGGGCCACCACAAGCUGGAAGAGGAGAGAUCAGUACUCAAUAACCAGUUAUUAGAGAUGAAAAAGAGAGAAUCAACUUUAAAAAAAGAAAUCGAUGAAGAGAGAGCAUCUUUACAGAAAUCCAUCAAUGUUACUAGUGCCUUGAUCACACAAAAAGAUGAGGAACUGGAGAAGCUCAGACAUGAGAUCACGGUGCUCCGCGGAGAAAACGCCUCCGCAAAAACGCUGCAGUCGGUGGUGAAGUCACUGGAGUCUGACAAACUGAAACUUGAGGAAAAGGUGAAGAACUUGGAGCAAAAACUCAAGGAAAGCAACGAGCAGCCUUUAACUGCAAUGAGCCCCUCAGGUGAUGCUGCUACUCUGCUUCAGGAGGAAAUUGCAAGAGAGAAGCAGGGCGAGAUCGACUUCCUGAAUUCAGUGAUCGUGGAUCUGCAAAGGAGAAACGAAGAGUUGAACUUGAAGAUACAAAGAAUGUGUGAAGCAGCCCUCAAUGGCAACGAAGAGGAGAUAAACAACUAUGACAGUGAGGAGGAGAGCCUGUCCAAGAAGAAGCCGCGCCUCUUCUGCGACAUCUGCGGCUGCUUCGACCUGCACGACACCGAGGACUGCCCGACGCAGGCGCAGGCGCUGGAGGAGCCGCCGCACUCGGCGCACCACGGCAGCCGGCGCGAGGAGCGGCCCUACUGCGACACGUGCGAGGUGUUCGGCCACUGGACGGCCGAGUGCAACGACGACGAGACCUUCUGAGGGCAGGGACAGCAGCCUGGACUGUGCAGCACCAGCAGCCGCCGUGCUGAAUGUCAGCACAGGGGACAGCUCCCCUGCGCUCCCCAGUCCCUACGAGCAGAAAUGCUUUGCUCUUCCACUAAUAAAUACCCCUUGUCCCUUUUUAACAAACUUCGGUGAAAGAUAAAUAAAUGAUUUAACAAGUGACUUUAUCCUGUUUCUUCCCAGGUUCUGGGUUUGUCCCGCCCUUAACAGGAAAUGCUCCUGUGCUGUUGGAUCUCUUGGGAAAACAUGUAUAGGAAUGAAGCACUAGAGUUAUAUUAAAGCUUAUUUAAAUACCUUUAAAAUAUGCUGUUAAUUUUCAUAUUUGCACUAAACCAUUUUAAGGCUGAAUUUGUACAUUUAGAUUUUUAAGCUUUUUUUUGACACUGGACUGAGUUGAGAAAUAUUUCAUCUUUAUUUUCAUUUACUCCUUCGGUUGCGAUGUCGCUCGGUGCCGUGAGCUCUGGGUUGUGGUUUGGUGUGAAACGUGGAAGUGAUGCAGGUAAGGAGCUGCUGGGGUUUUGAAAACCUGUAUGCUGUGCACAGCUGUGCACACCUGGAACAGUUUGUGGGCCAUCCCUGUUUUGCAUUCUUUACGCUUCUAUAUAGUGAGUGUGGUGUGUGUGUAUAUAUGCAUAUAUAUAAUAAAGUUAUAUUUUGGAAAAAAA